UUUGAUAUAACUGCUCAGAUUCAUUUCCACGAAUAAACCUCCAAGUGAUCUAAUCAAUUUUCUGGAAUAAUUUAUUAAUCAUCCAUUAAAAAUAAUCAGUGAAAUCAUAUCAAUAGAAUCAAUUAUAGAAAAAUACUAAAUUGUGAAAUCAACAAUCAAAAAUCAAAUCAACAAUCUAAUCAACAAUUAAAUCAAAGACGAAGCUCAAUUUGCCUUAACCUCAUUUGUUUACCUUUCAGAUAAAACAAAAAGUGUGUGAUCCUUUUAUUGGUUAUUAAAAGAAACCAUUUACAUAAUCAAAUAUUAUUAUUGUUGUUGGUUUAAUCUAAAUUGUUACAAUUUACAAGCAUCAUAUUAAUCAUUGAGAUUGAUAAUUGGUAACAAUUAAAAAGGUGAUCACAAUUACAAACAAUGAAAAAUGGGUGAAAGUAGGAACAAUUUUAAGAUUAUGCUUUUCAUACGAAGUGCCAAUGAUAAUGAUAUUUUCUUUAAGAGAGAUGGAAGACGAUUUGAGUCGGAAAAUACAAUUAAAUUGUUGGUGGAAGCUAAUUACAACUUUACGAUAACAAUUAAACCUUCAUUACCUUUACAGAGCGUCUCUGUUUCUGGUGUCGGUGUUUCCGUGACUGAUUUAUCUCAACAGGAAACUGAAGGUUCCAAAUAUACAUUUUCUUGGGGUUCGAUUAAGGUCAAUCCGAACAAGAAAAAAGAUCGAACUACCGUUCAAUUGUUAUUCCAAUUCCAAGAUGGCCUGACUUUGGUUCUACCGCUUCAGGUCAAAUUUUACCGACCCGAAGAGACUGACCAUCUAAUCUGGGGAAGUCCAUUAAAUCACAUUGAAUAUAAUUGUAUCGUUAAACCAGGACAGACUUAUGUUGAUAUAGUUAAGGAAAUUUUCAGAUGAUUAGUAAAUCAUUUGGCGAUUUUUAAUCAAAAACUUUAUUGGAUCAAUGGUCAAAUCCUCUGGUCAAGCAAAGUAAACGAGGCAAAAAAAAGUACGAAACAAUCACAAUUAACUAAUCAUAAUCAUUAUCAUAAUCUUUGGAAACCAUAAUCAUACGAAACUGUUAAUUAUUAUUAAGCCAAAUCAUUACAAUCUAAUUAUAAUUGAACAACAAUUCUAGUCACCAAUUGAAAUACAUUCCUGGAUAAUUUUGAUUGUGACAUUUGAUUAACUUUAAUUGUUUGCAUCAAAUUAUCAAUCAAAUGUUUUUAUUUAUUUGCUGUUUUUACUAAUAAUUAAUUGACCAAAUCAAUCAAUCAACUACCUCAUAAUGAUGUUGAUAAUAUUGGGUAACAAUUAAUCAAUAAUAAUGAUGAUAAUUAAGAUAUUAAUAUAUAUAAAUAUGAAAGGAUUUAAGUGUGUUGAUUAAAACUCGUUGUUAAUUGUUAGAGUUGAUUAGAGUUAUAAAAACUAUAAUGGUUAAUUGUUGGAUAGAAAAACAAAAAGAUAUUGAUUGUUAUAUGAAUAAACUAAAUUAUAUCUCAUUAUUAAUUGUUAUUAGUGUUACAAUAUCACAAUUCUGUAAUUAUGUUCAAAUUUGAUUCUCAUGAAUCAAAAGAUUCGGGUACAUGGUAAUGUUAUUAAACCCUCUCAACGAAUCACAAUCAAAAUUGAUUCGAUUCAUAUAUUAAUAAUUAAAUUGUUCUCUUUUCUUUUAAAUUUAAUUUCUUGUUAAUUGAUUAAAAUAAUAAAAUUAGUUGACAAUUACAAUGUUUACUUACUUUGUGAUUGUUUAAAUUGUUAAAAAAUGAUAAAUAUAUGUUAAUAUGUACAGAGUAUGAUUCACAA